UGUUUUUGCUUCGACAUGAAGAGAGAUAUGAGAGGAGAAGAAUUAGGGUUUGGAUUAAAGGGUUUGGACAUGGCAAAGUGUCUAAUGCUACCAUCAUGCAGCAUGGAGACCAAGUUCAGAACAUGUUCAAACGAUGUGUUCGAGUGCAAAACUUGCAACCGUAAGUUCACGUCAUUCCAAGCUCUCGGCGGUCACAGGGCGAGCCACAAGAGGCCGAGAACAUCGAUGAGUCGUGAUGAUGAAGACCGUAAAGAUGAACGUGAAAAGGGAAACGACAAGUCCAUGGUUAUGAACAAGAAGGCUAAAACUCACGAGUGCUCGAUAUGUGGAUUGGAGUUUGGCAUGGGACAAGCCUUGGGUGGUCAUAUGAGGAAGCACAGAGCUUCUAAUAUGGACAUGGCCAGUUUUUCUUAUGCUCCUUUAGCUGUCACUUCGAAGAUUCCAGUACUGACAAGGUCGAGUAGUAAGAGGGUCAUGAGCUUGGAGAUGGAUUUGAACUUGACACCGUUGGAGAAUGACUUAAAAUUGUUGUUCGGGAAGAUGGCACCAAAAGUUGAUGCUUUUGUAUCAUAAUUUUUUGAUGUACUUGUUACAUACCAUGAGGGCUCACCAUUGUAUUAUUUUCAUUAACUCCCAUUUUUAUUCUUUCAUUAAUUUUAUUGGAUGUACAACAACGUUAUAUAUUAAUUGAAUUAACACUUACUGAUUUUCUUAA